AUGGUUGCCUUCAACACCAUCGUCCUCGCCGCUCUCGGCAUCCCCUCGGCUCUAGCCUGCGUGGCCAAGAGCAACAUGCCCUCGCCCUCGUCGACAGUCAGCAGCUCCGCCCCCAUCGAGGUCGCCGCGGGCAAGAGCUUCGACGGCGGAAACAAACGCUACGAUCGCAAGGGGUACACUUGCAAGAACCAAUCAGAAGGAGGCCAGGCCGACACUGUAUUCAUCCUGCGAAAGGGCGCCACCCUCAAGAACGUCAUCAUUGGUAAGAACCAAGGCGAGGGUGUGUACUGUCUUGGAGGAGGAUGCACCAUCGAGAAUGUCUGGUUUGAGGACGUCUGUGAGGAUGCCAUCUCCAUCAAAGAUGAUGCUGCCGGUGCUGUCACCACCAUCCGAGGAGGUGGCGCUUUCAAGGCUUCCGAUAAGAUCGUCCAGCACAAUGGCUGUGGAAAGGUCCAGAUCUACAACUUCUAUGCCGAAGACUACGGUAAAGUAUACCGAUCUUGCGGAACUUGCCAAGCCUGCAAGCGCGAAGUCUACGUCGAGGGAGUCACGGCUCGCAAGGGUGGCGAGGUCGUCGGGAUCACCAAGAGCAACGGCGACACUGCGAAGCUCGUCAACGUUUGCACCGACGCCAAAACUCCCUGCCAGAACUACAGCGGACCUGGCAACAAGGAUGGGGCCUGCUAA